GAUGAAUUUUUAGUCUCUAUAUAAAUCGCUCAAAGAAAAUUUGGAUUAUUUUUUCCGAAAAAAACCAGUUUGAAAUGCCACGCCUCUACACUUCCUUCGUUAUUUUAUACGUCGAUAAACCUCUGUUAAAAAAAUAAACGUCGCGACGCCGACGCCGCUGCUAAAAUAGACGACGUCGACGCAGCCCCCGUUUCAUUCGCGUUCCAGAAUUUAGAUUAUCCAGUCUCAUAUUGAUUCCCCUUAGUUUCUUUCUAAAUGUCUGUUAAAAUCUGGAUUAUCUAGUAAUUUACUUGUGGCUGGUGAGAAAAAAUGGCAACCAGUUCUUUUGCGCUAACCUGGGCUCUUUCCCUGCUAACUGUCUGGUUAGUAGGCCAGGCCGAGACCAAGGUAUAUAAUGUACUGGAAACCGAAGUGUUCGUCAUUGAACUGGACGCUUCCUUGUUCAAUUGGACCUACGAUGAUCGGCCAGAGCAAGUUGAACUGAUGCCAGCACUUGCCAAUUAUGCAGACUUACCUUCUUGGAUCUACUAUGUAGAUAGCAGGAUGCAUCAAUCGAAAUUCUUAUAUGGCGUUCCACCCACUUUACCACAACCUGAACCGGUGGUACAUUUAAUUAUCGUUUCGUUGAACAGGCACAAGGGUUACACAGUCAGUGUUAAACCGAUUGACAUCGAAAUCCAAGAAAAGCUCAAUCCGGCACUCUACGAAGUGAACAUGAAAAUCGACAAUUUGAACGUGACCGAUAUGUUUAUUGGUGAUCACAUGAACGCGCUAAAAGAGAUUUUCACUCGGGUUUUAUGGAAAAACACCGAUUAUGAGAUAUAUGUCACGUUUUUGAAAAGUGCCCUCGAAUUGGGGGCGAGAAAACCGCUAAGACCGCAAGAAGGCGAAGGGGUGGUGAUCAGACUGGGCAGUAGAUCAAUGUUCUCCACUGAAUUGCUAGAAUUGCAAAAGGAGGUUCAGCCUUUAAAUAAGAUGCAACCCUGUCCGAGAAACUUCAAAAGAACUUCAGUGGAAAGAUUUUUUAGAGAUGCGGGAUUUAUUUUAGACUGGUGUGCAUUUCACCUGAUAGAAAGAAAAGUAAACAAAUCAGCGCAGCAAAAGUCGGACAUUGACUAUGAAAAUCUUGAGGAGUUCGGAGAUAGUGCGUCCAUAUCGUUUUAUCGGCAAAACGUUCCCGAGAGGCCUUACAGGAAAGAACUGAUAAUAGCGAUUGGUAUCCCGAUGAUGAUCAUGACUGUGCUAGUGGUGGUUUUAUCAUUCAUUAUCUGCUAUAAAAACGACAUGGCCGAUGAACAAAGCGAAUUUUUCUUUGAAAACAUUUUCCAUAUUUGUGUCGAUUGGUAUAAUGAAAGAAUCAAUAUUUCCAACGAACUGGCAACUUAUGAGGAGCAAUCGACUCCUCAGCGAUUUUUGGCAGCCAAGAAUCAGACCGAUCCCAGUCUGAUAAUAAGCAGAGAACAAAACGUUUCCCCUGAUGGCCUGCUUUUAAGCUGUAAUCACAGUGAUAGCCCUAAUUCUACACUAGCUCGAGGAGUUCAUUGCAGGCCGAGUCCGCCUCCAUACGUUCGACCCCUGUAUAAGCCAGAAAUUUGACAAGAAGAAAUCCUUGCGCUUACAAACGAGCAUCAAGUUGUAAAAAUGGAUAGAAACACUUGGUUCUGUUAGAAAAUGUUGAAAUGGUUUUUCCUGUAAGUAGUUUAUGCAUUGUUUUAUCGUUAGAGAUAUGAGAGGGAGCUUUUACUCUAGAGUCUAGAAGAAUCAUGGCGUUUGAAUCUUAGAAACGAUUUUUGUCCCAGAAUAUGGAGGACAACAGCAAAUAAACAGAUUAAGUGUGUUUGUAA